UGUGCAUCUCCCUACUCAUCUUUGUAUCGAAGAAGUAUACGCACGAUGUAUAUCAAGCAUGAAUGUCGGUAGUCGUUUUAAAGCAUUCACGGUGAUAAUUUUGAGGAAGGCAUGGUAUAAUUCAUAAUAAUUUAAAAACAAUGAAUCUUUUACCGCAAUCCCACGAAGAGUUCAGUCAUGCAGAUUAUUGGGAUUCAUUUUUCAAGAAGCGUGGGAAGAAGAGUUUCGAUUGGUAUGGUGAAUAUCCGGAGCUUAGCGGUCACAUGCAUAAAUAUGUUAAAUUAAAGGAUGAUAUAUUGGUAGUAGGAUGUGGUAAUUCUACGUUGAGUAUGGUUCUGUACGAUGUUGGUUACAGAAACAUUACAAAUAUUGACAUUUCUCAAGUUGUGAUUAAACAAAUGUUGGAUAUGAACAGAACUCGUCGUCCAGAUUUAAUAUACGAACGCAUGGAUGCUACAGAGAUGACCUAUGCUGAUGAUAAGUUUAGUGUUGUCCUUGACAAAGGUACCCUUGAUGCUUUGAUGUCGGAUAGUAGUGAAGACACCAUUUCCACAAUUGACAAGUACUUCUCUGAAAUUACUAGGGUCUUACGCAAUGGUGGACGGUAUAUCUGUAUCUCAUUAUUGCAAGAACAUAUUCUCAAAAAGUUGGUUUCCUAUUUUCCAUCAGCUGGAUUUAUGUUCCGAGUAUCACGUUGUCAUGAAGCCGAAAUCCAAGCUCGAGAAAAUGACACUAGUUCAUUGCCAGUGUUCAUUGUCAUUGCAACAAAGUUUACAAAGUUACCUCAACCGGUACUGGAACUCACUCUGGUGGAUGGUCCUCCUGAACGAGUUAGCUCGAUAGAACAUAUUAUAUCUGCCGUAACUGCAGCCCAGCACUCUGCUUUUAUUUGCUCUGCUCUUCAUAAAGGAUCUGUGGCCGAUGCAGGAGAGGUGUCUUUAGAUUUGUAUCGACUUGGUGAUAAGAAUCCGCGAUAUACAAUUCAUGUAUUAGAUCAGCUCUUAAACAGAAGUAACAAGUCGUAUGCUGCUUUCAUAGUUCCGCAAGAAAGAGAAUCAGAUUGGGUGUUCAGUACCAAACAAGGUAGACAACAGCUGUUGAAAACUGCCCAGUUGGAUAGACUGGCAACAGUUGUUCUAAGAAAAGAGCAUACCUUUGGAACUUGGGAUGAGAUCAAGGAGGAAAUCGAAGAGAGUAUCCGCAAUUUAGCACCAGCAGGUCUCUGUGCCAAAAAUAAAAUUCCAUACUUGUCUUUAGACAUGAACGAUUCAAAACGAACAGUCUGCUAUAAAGGGAGCAGCAACAUUAGCGGACCAUUUGUAGUUGAAGAAUUUGAAGGAGAUGGUGGCCAUCUCUAUAGGCGCCUGGUUUUUCUUAACAACCAGUUUAUCACUCAAAGCGAAGCCAGAUUAAAACUAUCUAAAUCUAGAAGAGGAAAAGUGAAAAAAGUAAUCGAUCCAGGUUUUCUUGCUUGUGAACAUCAUGUUUAUAUGAGUGUUGGUGUCAAUGCAGUCAUUGAUUUAGAGGAGUCUAAUCACAUCGCCAUCAUUGGAUUAGGUGGUGGUGGUUUAUGUACAUUUCUACAUCAAUGCUUUCCAAAGCUAUUCAUCACUGCUGUAGAUAUCGAUGAGGCAAUGUUAUCAGUUGCUGUGGAAUAUUUUGGUUUGAUUCAAGAUGAUAGAAUGAAAGUAAAGAUCAUGGACGGUAUACAGUUCCUGCAUAAUUCUGCAGAUCAAGAUAAGCAGUUCGACGCUAUACUCUUUGACGUAGAUAGCAAAGAUACAACCCUUGGUAUGAGUUGUCCACCAAAAGAAUUUCUAGAAUUCUCUGUUUUGAAUACAGUAAUUAAGUCUCUCUCCGACAAGGGUCUUUUCAUUCUGAAUCUAGUCAGUCGAAACAAAACACUAAGACUCGAAGUGAUGAAUAAUUUAAAAUCUAUCUUCAAAUCAAUCACAGUUCAUACGCUUCAGAAUGAUAUCAAUGAGAUCAUUAUGUGCUCUAUGAAUCAAAGCGGUGGGAAAGAGUGGAAAAAUCGAAUAAAACUAGCGGCCAAGAGUUUGAAUACUCAAGCAACUGUAAGAAAAUUGCGUACAGAGAAUGUUAUAAAUGUUGCUUCACUUUUGGAGGGUCUGUCGAUAGAGGUUUAAAUUUUUCAGAGACGUUGGUGGCAAUAAAAUAAUUCAAAUUAAGUUGAAUCGAUGAAGUAAACUAUUAAUAAAGUUCAUAUAAAAUGUUACUAACUUCCAGUAUAUAAUUUUAUAUAAUUAAAUAAAUCAUAGAUUGCAAAAACGGUUA